CUGCGCCCCGGUUUCCCGCUGCCCUUCCCCGACAGCCUCUGGCGGCCCAAGUGGACGUGGCAGGUGCUCCGGUCACCUGUCUAGACUUCCGCGUCCUCCGUGUGCGCGGUGCCACUCGCGCUCGACAGCCGCACCCAUUCCAGCAGGUGGACGGCGCACGAGGGCUGGCACACUCACGGGGUUCCUUGCACGGUGGCGUGUAAGACAGGGUGUUUGGUGCCAGCUCCCAGGAGCCAGUCUGCAGAAUUCCUGUCCCAGAGCCAGUCGGGAUUGCGGGGCUGUGAGUCUCCGAGGAGGUCUGUCGAAGCACCCAAGUGCUAGCCUGGGUGGAGCACACCUGCAAGCCACUUUCAGGAGCUUUUGCCACAAGUGUAAAGGACCCUCGAUCUGCUAAAAUGCUGAGACAGAUACUGUCGGAGAUGUACAUAGAUCCUGAGCUUCUGGCAGAGCUCAGCGAGGAGCAGAAACAGAUCCUGUUCUUCAAGAUGAGGGAGGAACAGAUCCGGCGAUGGAAAGAAAGAGAAGCAGCCAUGGAAAGAAAGGAGUCCUUGCCAGUGAAAUCCAGACCAAAGAAAGAGAAUGGCAAAUCAGUCAAUUGGAAACUGGGAGCUGAUAAGGAAGUGUGGGUCUGGGUGAUGGGCGAACACCACCUGGAUAAACCCUACGAUGUGCUCUGCAAUGAGAUCACCGCUCAGAGGGAGCAGCUGAGAGCACAGAAGGAAGCGGAGGAGCUCAGAAAAACUCAGUCUAACGAAUUCACCAAUAACUUGACAACAAAACCACAGCCCUACAAUCUGCCAGCACCAAACACCAUGUGUAAGGGAGCAGCAGGGAAGGAGGAAGCGAGGCAGCUGUCCAGCCCAGCACCGGCCCUCAAAGCAGAGCAAACCAAAUCACCCUCCAGUAUGUCAAGAAACGUUCAACAAAUGUUGGCAGAUUCCGUCAGUCGUAUGAAGGCAUAUGGCGUUCACCAGAACAAAGAAUCUGUGAAGACAAAACAAGAUGAAGAAAUAAAACAAAUAGAUGACGAGAAAACCAAGCAGAUUUAUAAGAGCUGGAAAGAAGAUUCGGAGUGGCAGGCAUCUUUGCGAAAGUCAAAAGCAGCUGAUGAGAAGAGGCGCUCCUUGGCUAAGCAAGCCCGAGAGGACUACAAGAGGCUGUCCCAGCGAGGAAGAAGCGGCGAGGGGCUGCAGAAAACCGGAGUUCCACAGAAGCCCAGAAGACCUCCCCUUCCACCCAAGCCCCAGUUCCUCGCCCCAGUGGGAUGCCCGCAGAAGCCUCUCGGAAAUCAGGGAGUGUCGAGGACAGCGUCUGGCUCUGCCCAGGAGGACAUCAUCCAAUGGUUCAAAGAGGAGCAGCUUCCCUUUCGAGCAGGCUAUGAGAAGACCUCAGACACCAUAGCUCCCUGGUUCCAUGGAAUUCUUACACUAAAGAAAGCCAAUGAGCUCCUAAGCACAGGCGUACCAGGCAGUUUUCUGAUCCGAGUCAGUGAGAAGAUCAAAGGCUAUGCCCUAUCCUACCUGUCAGAAGAGGGCUGUAAACACUUCCUCAUAGAUGCCUCUGCCGACUCCUACAGCUUCCUGGGUGUGGACCAGCUACAGCACGCCACCCUGGCAGACUUGGUGGAAUAUCACAAGGAGGAACCCAUAACCUCCGUGGGAAAGGAGCUCCUGCUCUACCCCUGUGGUCAGCAGGAGCAGCCUCCUGACUACCUGGAGCUCUUUGAGUGACAGUGUCCAUCUGGGUCAUCGUACAACUUCCGGCUUGGCUUUCCUCUUGACUUUUGUGUAUGAAGCCAAAGUCACCCUGUAGUGGAGCCAAUACAGGAAGUUUCCCAGAAGUCCUCAUUGAAACCUCUCUUCUGCAUAAACACAGGGGUUUAAUAUCAAGGGGAAAUGACCUCUGCUUCAUCCGCAAUCCAAAAGUAAAGAGAGAAGAGUCCCAAUUGCAGCAAUGACCUAAGAUGAAGGAUGUGACCGUAAUAAUGGAUAUAAGAUAAAGCAAACACAGAAGAAACUGCAGGAAUUCAGAUGUACUUCCAAAACCAGUAGCUUCUGUGAAGUUUUUUGUGACUUCUCCAUUCCCUCUUUGUAUCAUCUCAGAAGAUCUCAAGGUCCUGUUUUUAUGAAGUUCCACCUUGGCUUGGGAAUGUCGACAAAGAAGAACUUCCUGAUGGCUGAGAUGAUCCUCAGAACAUACCUCCCUUACUGCGUGCGUGGGAAGCAGAAAAGCACCUCAUAAGUAUAAAUUGGAUUGGACAUAUUAAAAUGUAGAAUGAAAGGCUUAACACAUAUAAAAGAUACAUAUGGAUUGUAGGAAAGUGAGCAAGUGUUUAUGACUUUCUUUGCUCAUUCUAAGGAAUAGAGACAGUGCUUAUUCACUCUUAGUGGUACAUAAACAAAAGCACAGUAAGUCAGCUGUUUGGAUACUACUUGUGCGUUGGAUUGUGUUCCCCAAAAGAUACCUUGAAGUCCUAACCCCUUUACAUGGGUGUGACCUUGUUGGGACAUAGGGUCUUUGCAGAUGGAGAUAAAUCCAAUGGCUAGCAUCCUCACAAGGAGAGAGAGAUUUAGAAACACAGCCCGACACAGGAGAAGAUGCCAGGAGAUAGGCAGAGACAGGAAUGAUGUUACUGCUGGGCAGGGAACACCCGGGUUUGGAGGAAACCCUCAGAUGCCAGGAAAUAGGUGUGAAACAGACUCCCUCCAGAGCUUCAGGAGGAGACAUGGCCUUGUGGACACUUUGAUUUCAGCCUUCUAGCUCCCAGAACUGCAAAAGAAUAAAUGUCUACUUUAAGUCACUGA